AUGAAGGGCAACAACCAAUUACCCAACGCGCACUUCAAGAAGGAUUGGCAGGGUAACACCAUCAACGGCCAAUGCCGCGUGCGCACGUGGCUCAACCAAGCCGGUCGCAAGAAGUCUCGCCGUAACGCGCGUGAGUUGAAGGCGAAGAAGACGUUCCCGCGCCCCGUCGCGGGCUCGCUCCGCCCGCUCGUGCACCCGCCGACGCAGCGGUACAACUUCAAGACCCGUCUCGGUCGUGGGUUCACGCUCGAGGAAUUGAAGGCGGCUGGUAUCUCCAAGAAGAUGGCCCCGACGAUCGGGAUCUGCGUCGACCACCGUCGUCGUAACCGCAGUGAGGAGUCUUUGGCGCUCAACAAGAAGCGCCUCGAGGAAUACAAGGCCAAGUUGAUCUUGUUCCCGCGCAAGAACUCCAAGCCGAAGCACGGCGAUAGCCCGGCGGCUGACCUCGCCACGGCGACGCAACACAAGGGCUCUGUCAUCAUGCCGAUUGAGAAGGUUGAGAAGGCGGUUGAGAUGGUCGCGGUUACCGAUGAGAUGAAGAACUUCGGCGCUUACAGAAAGCUUCGCGUCGAGCGCAUGAACGUGCGCCAAGUCGGCCCGCGCAUUCUCAAGGCUAUCAAAGCCGAAAAGGACGCGGAGGAAGCCGCCAAGCUUGCGAAAUUGUAA